AUGGAAGCAACCGCCACAAGCGCGGCCAUAGGGGCUAUAUUAGCUCAAGUGGAAGCGCGGGAUCAGCCUCGCCAGCGACGGACAUUCUUGCAAUAUACCCCACCAGAGGUGCUGCAGCGGCGACGGAGCAUCUUGGACUCUAUGGCGUCGGAGCUGGCCAUGUAUGAGGCUGCCAUAGCAGCCGGAACGCCUCUCCCAGACUCGAUUCCCCUUCCGGCCUAUCACCCCGAACAACACCAGUUGUUGGCGAAUGGCGGAGAGCAUAGGCAGAGGUCCACGAUGGACUAUGUGGAGUUCUUAAGGGGGGCAGUGCGGCGGGGGAACGAGAAUCUAGCAAGACUGCGAGAGCAGAGUAAUCGAAGUCUCCAGGGCUUGUUGCUGAUGGCUCGGAAGGAACUCGAUGUUGCCGACUGUGCGAACGCAGCUGCUCGCUCAAGGACACUACCGCGAGCGAUGGGGGAAAGUACAGUGACUGAAGAGCCCGUUACUGGGCUCGAUUAA